UAUUUUUUUUUUUUUUUUUUUUUUUUUUCCUUCUCUCUCCCUUCUUUUCCCUCCUCCUCCCCGGCCCUGCUCGCUUCCUUCCCCCGCGCCGCGCUCCGGGGAGGAGGCAGGAAGGGAGGCGGCGGGGAUGGAGCAGCUCCCCGCCGGGAUGCGUUAGCUUCCCGGGACACCCCGGCCCGCUUGGUCCUCGCCGGGACGCGGUAAAGCCGAUACUCCCAAGCAUCUCUCUGCAAUGGCCUCAGGGAACGACGGUGACCCACCGAGGGCCCACAGACGCCGGGGAAGCAACAGGCGCAGGCUGUCACAAGAGCUCAACUCAGAAGACCAGGUGGUGGAGGAGACGGAGGAGGUGUUUCGGAGCUAUGCCUUCUACCGCUACCAACAGGAGAGAGAGGAGAGAGGGGAGGAGGUGCCCAUGGACCCAGAGAUUGUGGAGAUCCAGCAGGAGCUGGGCAGCACCGGGAGCCUGGUAGGAAGGCGCCUGGCCAUCAUCGGUGACGACAUUAAUAAGCGGUACGAUGCGGAGUUUCGCUACAUGCUGAAAUCCUUGCAGCCCACCAAGGAGAAUGUCUAUGAGCACUUCACCAGAAUAGCCUCCAGCUUGUUCGAGAGCGGCAUUAACUGGGGCCGGGUGAUUGCGCUGCUGGGUUUCGGCUACCGCAUGGCCAUCCACGUCUACCAGCACGGCACAAGGGGUUUCCUCUACUGGAUCACCCGCUACGUCUCGGAGUUCAUGCUCCGCAACCGCAUCGCCCAGUGGAUCGCCCAGCAGGGAGGAUGGGUGGCUGCACUCGAGCUGGACAAUGUUUACAUGAAGUACAUGCUGGUGGUGGUGGCCCUGGUCAUGGUGGGGCAUUUAGUGGUACGACGCUUCUUCAGGCCCUAACUGACGUGGGGGCAGAGGCUGGGGGGGUCCGGCCAAGCUCUCUCUCAAAUCUCUGCUCUGCGUUGACGUCUCCCAAGAGAGGGGGGAAUUCAAGGAACCUCCAAGAGAGAGAGCAGCUUGGACCUGUGACCCUCCCGCCACGGGGCCCAGGGUCUCUGCCAUCUAUGCAGACACCACCAGGAGCUAUGGGGAGAAGAACUGGGGGAAAGGUUCAACUUUGUUGUCUGUUUUAUGCCUCAUUUAACUGCUGAGGACACUGUGACAGUCCUAGCAUGCGGCAGUGAGGCAGAACAGGCUCCUCUGGAGUCAAGAGUCUGAGGGAACAAACGUGUUGUGAUAAUGCCAGCAUGUGUGUGUGUGUGUGUGUGUGUGCGAGUGCGUGGGUCUUGUCCGCUCCGUGGGGCAGGUGCAGAGCUCCCCAUUUGCUAAUGGCUCUAGCCCAGACCAUCCCCACAUUUGAAGAGGGAUUGCAGCCUUGGUUGCUGCAAUGGUUGUCUGUAAGUCACUGGAGGGGCAAGCCAGCAUUGGCCCAUGCGGGGCUUGCUUUCACCUUCCCUCUGAUACUGAGCCCAAGUUCUUGAGCAUUCUCUUUCCUUUUAACAAGCAUCCCUACCCCUUUUUAAAGAAACACACAGACUACCUGUCCUCUGACAGUCGAUGGAAACCUCUGGCAGCACCGGCAGGCAGGUUUUUCCCUGCCGCAGCCCAAACCUGGAGACCUGCAGCUCUCCCGUGGCUGAUGCAGGUGCUGGGGUGCAGCCUCACCGCCCUCCGUGAGCUCCAAGGCUGCGUACCAGCAGACCUAGGGAGCACCAGCAGGUUUCCAAACACUAAAAAGCUGUGGGGUUACUAAUGGUCGGUGUAGGCAGCCUGCCUGGCUGCCUGCCCUCCCUCCAAUUCUGCUGGGGGCUUCCAUUCAGUAGACUUGGAUGCUGACAAACAAGCAGCCCGAGUGAGACCAGUUGGUCUCCCUUGCUCUCAGUGGGAGGCACUGGAGUUGCAUCCCAUCCCUGCAUCAGCUCUUUGCUUUCCGAGCUCAGCUGGGCAGGAUGGUGCAGGCAGGGGGGGUUGCAGUGUUUUAUAGCUGCCCAGAGAGCAGGACCCAGUGUCUUUGGGAAGUGACUUCAGCUUGUUCUGUUCAUGACUGAUGCUUGAGCAUGAUUUUUGGGGGAGGGAGGGAAGCAGGCUCCACUCUCCCAGCCCAAAUCUUUCUGACUUCUAUAAAAUAGGGAGAGCAUCCCAGCGUGGACCGCACGGUUUAGCUCUGUUCUUUUUACUCCAGGUGACACUGUAAGGCUUGAAACUGUGACUGGCCCCUGUCUGAGCCAAACUCACCCUACCUAUUCCAGCAUCACCCAUCUCCUAGAGCAGGUCAGCCAGCUGGCGGAGGGAGCCGGAGGGACCUCGGAGGUAGGAAAUGAGCAGUGGUCCUAGGUCUGGGCUCCUCUCCUAAUGCAGACAGAGCCCUUCUGGGCUGGAGCCUGGGACAACGGGAGUCACAGUAUAGUAGCCCUAAAGAGGCUGAGCCUCCUGCCCUCUGGGGCCUUUCCGCGAUGGCCGGGGCAGGGAACUUGCCUGGUAUUGCUACCGCAAAACGGGCUGAGUGACCACAACUGACAGCGCUCCCACUCAUCUCUGCGGCAUGGGGAUCGCCAAACUGGGGCAGAGCCCGGCUCACCUGCAGUCUGGUGUCACCCGCUGCGGGGACCACCGUGAGAGCCCAGCGGGGGUCAGAGAGACCUUGAGAGCAGCCCAUCUGCCCCACUGUAACAAAGGCGUUCCUGACAGACAGCUGUCUAAUCUGUUUUUAAAACCCUCCAGUAUUGCCUCCCCCAUAUCACUGAUUCUUACCUUAAUCUUUACCUUCAGAUGGAUUUCUUUUUUCCCCCUCAGAGCCUGUCCCUCACUGCAGUUUAAGCUUGUUACUACACGUCCUGUCCAAGCACAGAGACAGGACACCUUACAUCCUUUCUCCUUGCAGCUGCAGAGGCUUAGCAGGACCAGCCAUAAUUUUAUAACACUUACGUCCCUCAUGUUCCUGCCUCUUUUAACAUAAGAAUAGCAAACUUUUCAGCCUGUUUCCGUAUCAGGGUCUUUCUGUGCUUAUCAUUUUGACCCUGACUGUUUCUGCAGUAUCCCUUUCCCUGGUGGAAUGCCCUGGACUGUGCUUAAUAGAAAGGCAUUAAAAUAUUUGCUAUAAUAUUCUUCUUCUAUAUCUCUCUGUUUUGGUUGCUUUAUUUGUUUUAUCUGUGCUGAGCAGCACAAAUCUCCAGUGGAUUUUCCAUGCUCAGGUUUUGUGGCCAUGCUGACUCUUUGAGCAGCUGAAUGCCCACCGAGCUCGUUUGUCCCCUUGCAAAUGUAUUUAUUGCUUUGCAUUUAUCCACACGCAACUUCAUUUACCAUCGUGCCACCUGGUCACCCGUUUUGAGGAGAUCUUGAGAUUUCCUCAAGAUCUCAAGACUCUUCUCUGGUGUGAGCCAGUCUAACCAACUUAGUAUCAUCUGCAGUUUCCCAUCCCCACUCCUUACCUUCUUUUUGGGGUGACACCACCACCAGAUGGAGCCUUUUUGCCACGAUGAAAAUGAACUACUAAUUGUCACUUUCCUUUUCUCUUAAUCAGUCCCAUUAUCGACAUGUCACUGUCCUCUAGGGUAGUUCUCUGGUUUGGUUGUGUCUCCAGCGGGACUUUUUCAGAGGACCUUGGAAAGAAAACAGUGUAUCAGCUUUUAUUCACUACUUCACUGACACACUCCGAGAACUCUAACAGAUUGGAGAGAACUUUUGCUUGUACAAAAAGCCAUGCUGCUUGUAAUUUAUUCUCAUCUUCCAGAUAAGAUGUUUCACCUUGCAAACCAAAUUCAGCUGUAAGGCCAGCAGACUUUAAAUGAAGAACAUUUUUCAGCUUUAUGGUAGAUGAUCAAGCCUUAGUAAAGUCUGUGAUACCAGAUACCAGGACAGAGAAGGGAACUUUUAAAAUAGGUGCUAUAGCAAAGGAAAGUUUCCAUUUUAUCCGUUUUCUCAGGGGAUUUGCAGGGAGGAUUGUCUCAGGAUAUCAGCAUAUUGUCUCCCUCUGCUCUCACCUCUCCUAGCCUUCCUGACACUGGUUAGCAAGUGGAAAAAAGCUUGAACUGGGACUGUGAAUGGGCAACUGGUCUGUAGUGCUGUGUCCUGUCACUGGAUGGCAACAGCACUGCAGGCACAGCCACCAGGGUGCUGGCUCCGAGGGCAGAGCUCCCACGGAAGGGGAAAAAAAACCCUUCCAGGUCCCAUCUUUGUCCAGGAGCCCUCGGUAUCCAUCAGCUGUGGUCUGCACACCCAGAGCUGUGGGCGUGCACCGUGCUCUGACCCAUAGCAAAGGCAGGCAUCACUGGUUUGUACUGGAUUGCUGGUAGGGAAAGCGCCAGGUGCUUUAGUGGGGCAGGAAAGGCUGCAGCAGGGUUGGAUUUGCUGGGACCAAAGCAGACCAAGGUGAGAAGGCUUGGUUCUCCCCAGAAGCUGAUGCUCUUUGUAGGGUUGGUGGGCUCUCUCGCGAGGGCCGCAGCGGGUAUCUACCUCGAAGCCCCACUCGGCAGAGUUUGGGCAGGGGGCCUGGACAAGGUACCACAGGCCACCUUGACUACAUGCAGAAGGCUUUUGCUCUGGGACUGGCAGUGCCAGGAGCCAGUUUUACAAAAAAGUACGUCCCUGCUAUAGAAGCAAGAGCUCUAGAUAAAACUACGUUCCUAGAAUAACCCCAGACUUCCUUUACAGGGCUGAAUUAACUACUUUAUUCUGCAGGGAUAAAGCCCUGAUCAACUACAAUAUUUUUAACCAGUGUAAACGUUGUUUAACCACCAACCCAGUCACAUAUUGUACCUUGUAGGAAAGCAAGCCCAUCUGAUGCACUGAAUAGCAGGCUGUCCCUGCUGCUACCUUCCUAGCCACUGCGGUGCUACUGGGGCAUGACUGCCCCUGGGGCUUUGGCUUCUUCCCUUGGUGAACAAGGGAAACAGGGGUGGGAAGCCCUCAGCUGGAAAAUGAAAGCAGAAGAUGAGGAGAGGGCUCUACCAUUCACAAGGAGAGGAUUGUUCACUGAAUCAUUUGGGUUGGAAGGAAAGUCUCACCCCCACUCAGAGCAAGGCUACCUAAAUCACUGCAGGGUUUGGUGGACAGCUGCUGAGCGAGCAUGCCAUUUUUCUAGCAUCAGAGACCCAAGCUGGGUUUGCACCUGAGGAAGGACUGGCUCUCUCUGAUGCCUACAAUUUAGCUGCACCCACUGGUACCAGUGCCUGCCUGGUCUGCUCACUCCUAGAGCGGGUAGGAAGAGGGACCAAAGAAAAGCCUGUGCUGUUUCCCUUCUCCACCCAGCCCCAGGAUCAACAGAUGGGAUGGUUUCAGCAUCACAGUGCCCGGUGAAGGCUGACGUGCACCCCCAGAAGUAGCAAAGAGGGGGUGCAGGCUGUCCAGGUAGCGGUGCCAGUCCCCAGGGCUGGAGGAACCGUACGUGGUUGCAAGUCAAGGCAGCUGAUCACAGCCCCACUCGAGGCCACGAGCUCUACAGCGUGGUUCCUCGUACCUCUCCCUGCCAGCUCCCUACGUAUCAAGGGGUGCAGGAAGGAAAAGGUACAUUUGGUGAGGAUUUCUUUGUGCAAGAGGCUACCCCAGGAGAGGUGUUAAGGGAGCAUGGCACAGGGAGUUGUCCAGACAGAAAACUCUUGGUUCAAGCAGAAGCAUCUGUCUUCAGGAGGGUGGGCAGAAGAAUUUCAUUCAGACAGUUAUAAUGGGUGCAUAGAAAAGGGGUGAGAGUCUGAAGAAAGAGUCCCAUUUACUGAGCCUGUUUGAGAGCAUUUUUCACUCCCACCCUCUUUCCUUCUGGACAGAAGAAUCUGCCCGAGCUAUUAGUUUGCUUGUCAGAACCACCUCUCCCUUCUAGCCAUUCCUCACACUGCAAGCCAGAUCCCGAGCCAUCCCUGCCAAACGCCGGGUACCUCGGGGUUCAGGCUGGCAAGAACCAGCACUGCCCUGGAAAAACUGGUCUCUUCAUGGUCAGGACUGGUAGCAGCCUUCUGUGAAGCUCUGUGUGAUGGGUUUUACACAUAUACUUGAAACCACAUUAUCACUAUUAAUUCUGGUUCUUCCUUGCCUUCUUCACAGUAUCAAAGCGCAUGGUGUUUCACAGCUCCGUCCCUUCUCCAGCCCUCCAGGAAGCCCCAGUCUCUCCCAGCACUGCAGGAAGGGGACAGGGUGUAUGAUGGAGCAAUAAAGCAUGCUUUGCACUGACUCUGGAGGGAAGGGACUGGUAAACUCCUUUCCUUUCCAGGGGGAGGAGGAGAGGAAGACCACAGGUUGUCCCAGUAGCAGCAGGGAGAUGGGGAACAAGCUCUGUCUGCAGGCCAGCCUUUCCCCAGUGCAGGUCAUCUUUAAAUGGCAGGCAAAGGGGCUAUGUGGAACACGGUGGGUUGCUUUUACCUGAAAAAAAACCCAUUUCUUUCACAAAUAUUCUGUUUUAAAAUGAUGUAAUAUAUAUAUAUGUGAAAAUAAAAAUGGUACAUGCAGUGCAAA